AUGGUCGAUGUUUCUCAGUUGAAUACAGAAGAACAAUCACCUAAUUCCAUCCCAAAUUUUUCUUCUGAGCAAUUACAACAGAUUGUACAAGCCUUAUCUGCACUCAAUCGUCGUCCUUUUGGUAAUUCUGAUAAUAACAUCAAUGUUGCAGCUCUUAUUACAACCCAGACAAAACCUAAAACCUAUGAUGAGGCAGUUGGCAACCCAUUAUGGCAGCAGGCUAUGAAUGAUGAAAUUGGAGCUUUGGAACGUAAUCAUACUUGGUCUCUCGUUCCUCUACCACCUGGCCAUAAAGCUAUUGGCUAUCGUUGGGUGUACAAGAUUAACCAUAACUCUGAUGGUUCUGUUGAACGUUAUAAAGCUCGACUGGUAGCAAAGGGAUACACUCAGGUUGAAGGUGUUGAUUACAAAGAGACAUUUUCUCCUACAGCUUAA